AUGAAGGCAGGGACGAGCAACAAUCAGAAAGCCCUAGAUUCGAGAGACAUGGUCAACAGAGGCGGGGUUGAGCUAAUUAGGAAUUGCGAUCUUCCGCCGCCGCAGAAGGUAUUCAAGAGUGGGAUGGAGGAAAAAAUGGAGCUGUUGAAGGCUCUGAGACUGUCGCAAACGAGGGCAAGAGAGGCGGAGAGGAAGGCGGCAAAAUUGAUGGAGGAAAGGGAUUGUAUUAGUAGGGCUUUUGAAGACGAGGCCAGAAUGGUGUUCUGUUAUCGACAAUCCCUCAAAUUGCUGGAGCUCAGGGUUUUCAAGUUGCAGAAACAAGAAGAGGAAGAAGAGGAAGAAGAGGAAGAAGAAAGUGAUAAGAAUGGUGGAAAUGGAGGAAUGAAAUGGGUUUGGGCUUUGGCUAUUUGUUUGAGUGUUGUUGGAGUUGGCUUUCUUUUGGGCUAUACAUGUAAUCCUUCAUGA